AGUAGCAGCAGCAGCAGUAGUAACAGCAGCAGGACGAAGAGAGAGAAAACAAAACAAUCAAGUCUAAUUUGUACAGUCCUUUUCGGAGAGAGGUUCGUUGUCUCCGUUCGGUAUUUUUCCCGAGUUUGUACAGGCAUAGAAAUUUCCACUCGAUUGAGCUGAAAUUAUGUGUUGCUAAACUGUGUGGUGUUUGCCGAAAUUGCUUGAUUUCGCCGAUGGUUGGUUGUUGCUUGUCGAUUGUUGAUCGCGGCCAACUUGGAUUGCAGUCAGCGGUAGUCAUUUUUUCAUCGUUUGCUACUUUGAUCGAAUCACUCGGUUCGAUUGUCCAAGUGAAAGGCAUAGAAAAAGAAAUUUUCUUCUGCAACACACAAAAGAAUAGAAAAGAAGCAAGCAAGACAAGGAAAGUCUUCGCUUAGGUAAGAAAGAGAAAAAGAUCACGAUCGGUCGAAGUGAACAGCACAGAGUGAAAGAAAAAAGGAACAAGAGUGUGUGUGCAGUGUACCUUUCAGAGGGAAGAAGAAGAUUUAUUUUUUUGACAUUUUGAUUUAUCUUUUGCCUCUCUCGCAUGUUGUGAGACAUUUACUGUGCUGCUUAAAUAGCAGUUUUUGUGUGGAUUUUGGAGUCUACCAGGACGAUUACUAGCUAGAUCGGUAGCCGAAGAACGGAAGGAAAUUGUAUUGGUUCCGCUGGGAGAUAUCGAGAUUCGACGCUUACUUCGUAGUCUACUGCUUCAGUAACCAAAAAAAGACACGGCUACUGCGUGACAGCUCCGAACGUACAACCCUUCUAUGAGAAGUGGUGACCGCGGGAGGCGGGGAGUAUCUUUUUUUCUGGCAACUCGGUAUCCCAAAGGCAGCAACACUGAAGAAGUUAGUGCAAACACGUCUCAAUAUGAUCCGAGAUCCGGGUGCCGGUCCGCACGAAAGUCCAGAACCGCAACCGACGAUCAAAUAUGAACGGAUUGUAUAUGACAUGCAUCGACCGCCAGUGCCCGUGGCAGUGCCUCCAGUAACACCAAUGGAUCUGGACCUGGAAACACCGCUGGACAUGACCGUGCGCCGAAAGGACUCUUCAGACCGACAGUCUGAGGCAAAUGCCCCAGCUACGGUGGCUGAUCAUCAACCGAACUCCAACUCAGGCGGCGGAAACGAUGCGCCGAUCAACCUAAACACACGUCCCAGUGUGAUAACGAAAGCCCCUCCGCCGCCCAUUAAAAAGCGCAUCAGUAGCAUGCAUAGCAAUGGUGAAAUAGUGAUAAAAAGCGCUGUGGGUGAUAAUCUUUCUCCGGUUAACUGUGACGUCUUCAUCGAAGAACACUUCCGGAGAUCGCUAGGUAAUACUUAUGCUUCCAUCUAUGGAAACAACAAUAACAACAAUCAGCAGAAAAGCAGUGGCAGUGAUACCAGAAAUAGUAGUACUAGCAGCAGUAGCAGUAUUAGCAGUAGUUCCAGCAAUAGUAGCAACAACAGCACCGCCCUGAGCACCAGCAGUAGCUCCAGUGGAAUAAGCAGUGUUGCCAGUGUCGUUGGCGGUGGCACCAGCAACAACGCCAGCAGUCUCAUUGGUAAUAGUGUUAACUUUAGUGCUAGCAGCCAGCUUGGAAGCGUAAGUCCUAUCGUUAGACAUAAUCACGUGAUCCCAUCAACAGUUGAGAUCUCACCAAUGCUUAAUGUUAAGGUUGAGCCUGGCCUGGCCCAGUCACACGUUCGGCCGGAGCUUACAAUUAAAACUGAGCCCGGUACCGUGCAGCACGUGAGGCCUGACUCCGAGGAGGAAGUCGAUGAUCAUUUUGCUAAAGCUCUCGGAAACGAUACAUGGAAAAUGAUACAGGAGAAAAAGAUGAACCUGUGAGCAUUGAUUACAAUAAGGCACGGGGGUAUCCAGCUUAUGUAGACUCAUGUCUAUGUAAGCAAUAUUAAGGUUUAAACUAAACAAAACCGGUGUGGAAACCUGACAAGCAAGCAACAACAACGCGCUCUUUUUUUAUUAGUGGAAAUAUCAACUUAAUGUAAAGAUUAAAAUCAAGCAACAUUGGUGGUGCCUCGAAAACUCGCCGAGAUUACAAAGAGAGUCCAAGACUAGACUUUUGCGAGGCACGCGUGCGUUCCGUCGUGUCCCGGGAGAAUGGUCAAUUGUUAACACAUUUAUACCAUUUUUUAAGAAAAACAAAAAAAAAAUCAACCACUCGUACUAUAUUUACUAAUGCUGAUGUCUGUGUUAGGAACGCUUCUCUUUUUUUAUAUUAUUACCUUUUUUACAUCGUCACUUGUUUAAAACGAGCGCAUUUACUAAUUCCUUGUUGUUUGUUGUAAAUGAUAUUUUUCUUAAGUUCCUGGUAUAAUUGUUUCCUGGUCCUAGGUAAAUUCCUAUUCCUAUCCUCUUGAUGUUUCCUAAUGCGGGAGAUCGAUAAGAGCGGUUUCAAAUCUUUCUGUAACGUAAUACUAAAUUUUUUUCCCAUGUGAUUAUAUUUACGUAGGGUUCUGUGCACGGUUUUGUCGAUCAAUUUGCGUCUUUCGUAACAAGUACUAAUUUUAUGAAAUUUCAUUUAUUUAACAUAGGAUAAGUAAAGGAUUUUUUGAAGCCUUUAUGAAUACUAUGUCAAAGUUUUCCUGUCUAUAAACAAAGCAACGGCCACUAUGCUACCCAUGUGAGAUUUCCACAAACAGCAUCACGUGAUAAGAAUGUGAUCUAGAAGAUUUUUGAAACAAAAAUUAAUUUCAAGGGCUGCGGAUUGAACAGUCGAAUGACUGAAAAGUCAUUCAAAUGAAGAAAAAAAUGUCUAAUAUCCUGUUUAAUUUGCGGGCAGUUUGAUAAAGCUUUACUGUUGACAACUCAUAUAUUGUUGGUUAUCUGAUUGAAGGUUAUGAAUGAUGAUAGUAUUACUGUUAAAAUUCAAUGAAUACAUUCGGCCAAUUUAGAGUAAUUCAGUGCCUUGUUAUCUUCUUGCGAAUAGGUCCCGAUUGCAACUUUGCCCUGCUUUAAAUUUAAGUCAAUUAGGAUCUUUCUUAUAGUACACAAUUUUUAACUUAUGAUAUUGUGUGAAGUUGAGAUACAGUCAACUCUCCGCAACUCAAUGGCCAUUAACUUGGUGAAUUUCACCCCGUAACGUGGGUAGAUCACCUUUUAGUGGUACGUUACGGGAUGUAAGAUCUACCACCUAUUUCCUUGUUACUUUUUAUGCCUUGUUAAUGAGUGACUCUUUGGGUUGCCUGGACCGAGAAUGAUCUUGAAGCAAGGACAAAAAUAGUUAGUCUUCAUCUAUGUGAUUCCUAAUGUUCUAUUCGAUGUUCUCUAGUUUGAAGUGGUUAAGACUAGGGUUCUGAUACAUAGUCAUUAUCGGUAUCAUUGCUUAAUUUGGUUGCUAAGGAACAAAUUUUAGGCUACUGAGAUAGUGACUUUCUAUUGUUCUAUAACUCGAUUUUCCCUUCAAUAUCGUGUUGUAGAGAGUUCACUGAGUUCACUGUAACUGUCAGCUCUAUGCUUUGAUUUCAAUUCAAAAAUAAAUAAUUCUUUGAAUAUUUUCUCAGAGUGGUACACAAUAAUUUAAAAAAAAUUUCUGGACUACAUUUUCAACGCUGAAAAGGCAAUAUCUUCUUUGUGUUCGUUUGGAAAUUUGAAUAAUUCUAAAACCUUGAAUCAUUAUUUGAAAAUUGUUCAUUCCAAUCACUUGGCACGCGCAAACAUGGGAAGCGUUUCCAUAAUUAUUAUAAACGAAUGCCACUUCUGAAAUACCCUCAUCUCAGGAAAAACGCGAGCGAUAAAAAUUCCUUAGAAACUGAAGGUGCUUUGAUCAUCUAAGAAACUUGAGAAAUGCGUUUGCCACGCCUACUGACCGCAAUGUUCCGGCAUGAGUAAUCAAAAUCCAUUGGUUUGAUUCUCGUGAAACGGUGCUGCAGUGAUAUGAUAGCAUUUGAAUUUGGUUGUUUUUUGAAUAAUUUUUACAUGAAUUCUAACCACCUUUUGGAGAUUUAUUAGUAUACUUACCGCUAAAUUGAUUCAAUAAAUUGAUCCCUUCAGCCUACUGCGCCGCGAGCUCCGAGAGAUGCAAACACACCCAUGCAGGACCAAUCUUUCGCUCCAGUACUGAUUUCGAAUGGUGCUAGAGUGUAUCGAAUGCAAUCUACUCACCUUUGGAAGCCAGUACUCAGGAAGAUUUUUUUUUCUGGGAUUCAAUGCUCACAAAUUUAUCUCACCGUUCCUCCUUGUUCCUAAUCCUUAUUGUAUUCCACCAUUUAAACCUAGAUUUAUAUUCUACACUUACCACACUUGCAAUCAAACAAUCAAAAUGGUCGACUCUAGGAAAAUGUGAAAAUUUUGCAAUUCGUUUUUCUUUUAAUAUAUUUUCACUCUUUGUAAUUGUAAUAAUGGAAGCCCGAUUGAAGAAAAAAAAAUAAGUAGUAACUUUUUUAUAAUCGCGAAACGAAGGCGUUUUCAUAUAAUGUGUCUCAGAUAUUUCAAUUUUUCUUUUUUUUUAUUAUUAUCAUCAUCGAAUAAUCUUAGCAUUAAGUUUUACAGCAAGAAAACCUUUACUUGAAAGUGAGUAAAAAUCAAAAAAAAAAUAACAAGUUCUCACACAAAAACAACUAUUAACUUGUACCAUCCAUUGGGUUGAAAGUAUCGUUAUGUAAGUGUAAAGUUCUCGAUGAAAAAGUAAUAAAUAUUAUUUGUGAUAGAAACUUCCUUGAAAGAUAAACGACUCCUUA